AUGACUUACUUUACUAAUGAAAUUGGAAGUCUGUCAGGUCUCCUGUCAGCUCGCGAACGUGAGCUUGCUAGCUACAGACGACGCGUGGACACCAUCCAGAACCAGUUGGCUCUCAUUGGCCUCUGGCGACGAUGGUUGCAAUCGUCAUCCUCUAGCUCUGUUGUCUCCUCUCCUGUCACUGCGUCCGGACCUACUUCUAGCUCUGCAGCUACUGGAGGUCCAACCACCGUAUUUUCCUCAUCUUCAGCAGAAGCUGUCACUUUAGCUUCUUUCAAAAUGCAGUUGUGCAGGCGUCCCGACCUCUGUGGAGCCCUUACUAGUGAUGCGACUGGGCAGACCUCCGGCAGCGUUGGCGCCUCUGUUUCACCAUUGCCGCAUCCAACCCUAGCAGCCGAUCAGGUCACUUGUGCUUUUUCAACCUUUUCAAGCCUCUAUCAUUUCUUUACCUUUUAUUUGUAA